UAAUUCCACGCGACUUAAUUUUUCCUAAUUCAACUUGACUUAGACUAUGACUCAAGCCUGUUUGUAUCGACAUGAUCUCUCCCGCUUUAUUCAAUCGCUGCUUUACGCACUCAUCUCACGCUUUACCUCGACUUUUAGGGAAAUAUGCUUUCUGUUCACACAAUCCUCUUCUACGAGGAUGAAAUCAAGGCAUGGGUUACCGACGAGCCUGCUGUUGUUAGCCGCUGGAUUCGCGAGGUCGAGCACUUCCAUCAUCGCAAGCUCAGGAGGCUGAUCAUCGGUCUUGAUAUUGAGUGGUGCCUGAGUUCUGAGUCUAAUAGCAACUUUCCCCAGGUCGCAACUCUCCAGCUUUGCGUUGGUCAUAAGUGCCUCAUCUUCCAGCUCCUUCACGCAAGGUACAUUCCCAAGUCACUCUUUAUGUUCCUCGCCAAUAUGAACUACACCUUUGUCGGAGUCGGUGUGGAUGAAGACGCGAGGAAGCUCACCAAAGACUACGGACUCGACGUGUCGUGCUCCGUCGACAUCCGUGGACUAGCAAUGAAUAGGUUGCGAAACGAUUUGUGGGGUUACAAGAGUCUCAAGAAGCUGUUCAAGGAGAUCCUCCAUAAAGAGCUUGAAAAGCCGAAGGAGAUUACAUUGAGUAAGUGGGACAACAAGGUGCUCACGCAUCGUCAAAUUGAGUACGGGUGCCUUGACGCAUUCGCUUCUUUCGAGCUUGGGAGAGUCUUGAGGGCAUCCUCAGUGAAUAGGGUCUUUGAUGGAUGGUGUGUGAGGAUUGAUGAGAACUUCUUGUUUGAGAAAGAUAUUUACCCUUGAUCCCCAUGAAUUUCACUUAAAAAGUUCAGGGAAUAUACGAAGAUUUUGCAGCUU